UUUGGAGUCAGCAGCUGACAGAAAGGGUUGAUUUUAUCCUAAGUGAUUGUACAGUCAGACGGACUUUGAUAUAUCUGAUGACAGUAAAAUUUUCUUGUUGAAUGGAGGGGCAAGACAUUCAGAACCGUAAAAAAGCAGAUCUUGCUGCGGGGCAAUACUUUGGAUCCUCUUGGUUUCCUGAUGACAACAUGCAUGUGACCUUGCUCAGGCAGCAAUGCAUGAAAGUCUGCGUGCGAUGCUUGGGCCAGUCGGACGCAGUGUGGUUCCUACAGAAAUUUUCAAUAUCGACCCAUUUUUGAGAAAUCCAAACUUGGCACUGGAUGAAGGUUUCUCCACCACUAUCAAAAGGACUAUCGGCGUAGCCCAGGGUUUCGCAAUGCUUCAUGAUUGUACAAACCCCUAGAGGUUACAAUGAAAGACAGGUGAGGGUAAAGUACGCCACUCCAUGUAUAAGGAGCACAUGCCCGCUUCUUAAUUCCCUGAUAAUAAAAAACCUCGAGAGCAACCCUUCCGUUUGAUAGCUUGCUCCCAUGAAUGGCCUCCUUUCACAAUACUGCAGCAAACUGCUCCUUCAUCCUGUCUGCCUUCUUCAGUUUAUUCAUUCUGCCCUCUAUGAUGACUGGAUACCCCAGUUCUCACCAACACGCUCUCUCCAGACCAGUCAAAUUGAGUGUGAACACAUAUCAGUGGUCGGAGCCGGUGCAGCAUACCCCAUCCCUAGAUGAUUGUGAAGCAGCUGAGAAGCGCCAGUCUGUCUGGUCCGCAUUCUGGCUUGAAGAAGGCCCCAAAGCCCAUGUCUUGCCACACUGCUCCUUUGCAAAGUGAUUUCUACAGCGGCUUUCAGCCCUCAAACAAAAGUUCCUAUCAUGUGUGCAGAGCAUGUGAGCAGCAAUCAACUCAGCCUGCUGAAGGAUUCAUGUCAGCUUUGACUGAAUGCGCAGGCUCUAGUCACUGUCUUCAUAUAAUAUGUACUCAUGAAUUUUCUGUGGUUCAAUCCAUGAACUCCC